AUUGUUAUUAUUACAAAUAAGAGAUAAAUGUGACAUUUGAAAUUUGUUAUUAUUAAUCAAUUUUAUGUUUAAUUCUUUAGCAUGGCAGGCAGAGGCCUCAAUAUGGGCCAACUGCCCAAUGGUCCGAAUUUGGACCAUUUAUACAAGUCGAUGAAUAUGGAAGGAUAGUGGAGAUGCCUGGAUAUGGGUCUCCGGAAGUAUUUUAUGAUUACCGUCCACCCUUUCAACAAGGCGCUUGGUACGUUCCAACUGAAGUACCUGAUUAUGCGCCGCCUACUCAAACAUCCGAGUAUGAUAUGGCGCCAGAAGUUACUCAAUAUUGGUAAGCGCCCGAGUACUAUCAAUAUGGUUCGUCGAUAGAGGAAGAGAGGAGCGAACCUCCAUCAAAUAUUUUAGAAAAUCAAUCAACAGAAGUGCUCGAAAAUGAGCAAUGCUUCUCACAUCUUUAUUAUCAGCACAUUAACGUUUCUGAUAAUCAAAUGGACGAUGAUAAUAGAAUUAAAUGUUCCUCGUCUGAUCUAAAAGAUAUUAAUGCGGACGAUUUCGAUAAAAAUUUAAAUGUUAUUCCCAUCGACGAACCUGAAAUGGAAACAAGAAUCACAGAAAUAAAAUGUGAAAAAACUACUGAUGACUUAGAAGAAAGUAAAUUGUCUUCUGAUUCCGAUGACAUAAAAGGAUUUUAUUUUUGUUCGUCAGAGGAUCAAAUAACUCCUUUUAAACGCAAGAGAAGACCAUUGAAAACAGCAUUUGUAUAUUUAGAAACAUAUUCUUUGGCCAAAGGAACCAUCAAAGAAGAAGAGGAAUUGGGCCAUGAAUCGUCCGAAGAUGACGUGAGUUCUACCAACAGCGAUACUGACGUCACGUCCAAAUAUUCAUUAGAGAGGUUGCAGCCGACGUUUUCAUCGUGAAAAUGUGUACAUCGGACGUUCAGCGCCGCAUUCCUGUAAGCCUAGAAGUUUGACAAUGGAGUUUAGAACGUCGACCAUGAUUCCACUGACGUUCCAAAUGCCAUUGUCAAACUUCUAGGCUUACAGGAAUGCGGCACUGAACGUCCGAUGUACACGUUUUUCCGAUGGAAACGUCGGCCGCAACCUCUAUUUGCAUUAAGUGAAGAAGUGAAAGUAUUGGAUCAAGGUGAGGUCACAAAGAUAUUACAAUGAAUUAUCCGAUUCAUAGAUUAAUUUGUUUAACGAUUAUUAAGGAAUGAUUUCAUGUUAAACUCAUUGAGUUAA